CCCGUGCCUUAGGGCCCCACCCCUAGUCCCGGCCCAGCUCUUCGGCUGGUGGCCCUUGGGGCGGGGCGGGCCUGCGUCUAGAUGGAUAAGGAUGGGAGGCAGAGGACAGAUACGGAGGAGGUCGUCCUUUAUGCCUCAAGCUGGAGGACAAGCCCUGACUGGCGGCCUCUCGACGCCCAAAAUGGUGACAGCCCCGGAGGGAGCACGAGCCCGACGCAGCCGGAGACUUGUGGGCGUCGGUGACGUCAGCAUCCGGGAAUCUCGGCUGGGAGUCUAGCAUCCCGAUCGAGGCGGGGGACAGUGCUGACGUCACCACGGCGCAGAGGGCGGUGCUGCCCAAGGGGCCGGGGCGCUUGCACCUGCGCAGACGGGGCCGGCGCUCCCCGCCGCGGGCGGGGCCAAGAGCAGGGUUCCCGUCAUUGUUCUCCGGUAGGGCGCGGGUCCUGGUCCUGGUCCUGGUCCGGGCUGUGCGCUCCGCCGGAAGUCGCUCCCGAGCUGGGGGCCCCCUCCUUGGGCGGUGCGACCCCGGCCCCCGCGCUCCGGAAGUGAUCGGCGGCGGCAUCGGCGGCGGCGGCGGCAGCUGCUGCCUGAAGGAUCCCUCGGCGGUCCAGCCCCGAUUCCGGCCCCGAAGCAGCGGCGGUGGCGGCGGCGGCAGCAGUAGCAGCGGUGGCCUCAGCCUCGCCCCGGCCGGCCGUGCGUGCGCGUGUGCCAGUCUCCGCUGCGCUCCGCUCGGGGCCAGCUGCAGAUUCUUCUUUCCUCCCGGGACGCGUCCGUCACCCAAGAUGGCAGCGAACAAGCCCAAAGGCCAGAACUCCCUGGCUUUGCACAAGGUGAUCAUGGUGGGCAGCGGCGGCGUGGGGAAGUCCGCCCUGACCCUGCAGUUCAUGUACGACGAGUUCGUGGAGGACUACGAGCCGACCAAAGCCGACAGCUACAGGAAGAAGGUGGUCCUGGAUGGGGAGGAGGUCCAGAUCGACAUUCUGGACACGGCCGGCCAGGAGGACUACGCGGCCAUCCGAGACAACUACUUCCGGAGCGGGGAGGGCUUCCUGUGCGUCUUCUCCAUAACAGAGCUCGAGUCCUUCGCGGCGACGGCCGACUUCAGGGAGCAGAUCUUGAGGGUCAAGGAGGACGAGAAUGUUCCCUUCCUUCUCGUGGGGAACAAAUCUGAUUUAGAAGAUAAAAGACAAGUUUCUAUAGAAGAUGCAAAAAACAGAGCUGAUCAGUGGAACGUCAACUACGUGGAGACCUCAGCCAAGACCCGUGCGAACGUGGAUAAGGUAUUUUUUGAUUUGAUGAGGGAAAUCCGUGCACGGAAGAUGGAGGACAGCAAAGAGAAGAACGGAAAGAAGAAGCGGAAAAGCCUGGCCAAGCGGCUGAGGGAGCGCUGCUGCAUCUUGUAAUGCAAGCACCGCUGUCCUCCUUCUCUUGGCCGCACUAAUAAAUAUAACUUGUAAGCAUUGCCGGGGAGGCUCAACGACUGAAAUUACUUUCACUUUUUGGAACCGGUCACGUAUCCCUCACAGCAUGGAUUGGAAGCGCCUGAAACGCACUCCCUGAGAGACAAUGCUGCGGGCUUCGGCGAGAAGCGCGCGGCCCAUUUCAUACCCGCCUCCAUGAUCCCAGCCCUCGAAUGCAGAGCCUGUGCGUGCGUGAGCGAGCGAGCGUGUGAGCGAGCGUGCGUGUUGGGGGCGGCCUUUCUGGGCCUGUUCAAAUAAAGGAAAGGAAGGAUGGGGGGGGCUUGCUUGAGGGGAACAGGGCAGGUUUUCGGGCAGCAUCCAUUUUCCACGAGUCUCUCCUCCUGCCUUGAGAACGGCCGUUGGCAACACAAUCACAAGAAGGAAAAUGGGCGUCUGGCAGAUUCCGGUGUUGGGAGAGACCCAGAGGACAUCGGGACCCCCAAGGACCAUCUCUGCAGCCAUUUACCAGGAGCGCCAUCUGCCACGUGGGGUGCCCGAGAGAAGGAGAGGUGCCAGUGUGCGUGGGGAGACAGAACAUGCCUUAAUCCAAAAUCUGCGCCCUCACCGGCCUCUGCGUCCGUUGUGAACGAACACCUGAAAUCGGGAGCUUGCCGACACCUGGCCCGGAACUGUGUGCCAGGUGGGGGUGGGGGGUCCAGAGCCCAUCGCCCCUCACCACCAGGCCACCAUGAUGGACGCAGAAGGCUCAGCCCAGCCCCUCGUAAGAGAAACUCCUUUCCUCCUCUCGGGUUCCGGGUCAGAAACUCGCUUCUGGUCAACGGUGAGCUGCUGCCCUUCACCCUCUGGCCAGCCUGGCUCAGGCCCGGGCCACUCCGGGGACUCCUUUGGGGAGACGGUCCUCCUCGCUGCCGGAUUAAUGUAGGAGUUUACGCCCACCCGGGGAGCCCAAUGGGAACGGCAGAGCUCGUCAUGGGGGUCUGAGUGUGUUCUGUGACCGAAUAUCCUUGGCCCCUUCUCCCCCCACAGUUCAUCGAGGAAACCAGUUUCAGCGUCUGCAUUCCCGGCUGCCUUGGAGGAAAGACCCAACGUUGGAAUGGUGUGGCGCCCCGAGAGACGGCGAGGGAGAGCUCACAGCCCCAGGCUUGCUUUCUGCACCUGCAAACCCAUCAUCCGAGGCUCAGAACUGUUCGGACCCUCCAGGGAACGAGCAAGCGCGCACACGCCUGCCGCUCCCCAAAGCGCAUCUCAUUGAAGGCUCUGUGCGCAUCUCUCCUUUGGUGGCCAUCCCCUGUGCAGAAUGGAUGCUCCUCUUGUGGCCCUGACCAGGAAUGCCUGUUGCCCUUCCGCGUCCUCAUCCAGUCCGCUCAGACAGGGAACCUAACCACUAACACAGUGACUUUGCUUUAAGACCUUCUCCUGGGUAUGCGGUGCUAUGAAGCCCCCGGAUGCGGCCCGUGUCCCGGGCUGAUGCCAUUACCCACUCUUUUACUUGCAAUUUGAGCCAUUUAAAGACCAAUAAACUUCCGUUUUCUAAA